AUGGCGGACAUGGAGGUCGGCUUCCAGCGCUCAGAGAUGAACUCGGAGCCACUGGCAGGCACCAUGAAGCCCCUGGAGAAGCACCUCUUCCUCACCUGGGGCCUGGCGACGGCCUGGCCGGAGGACCCCUUCGACAAGACCCACGCCGGGACGUUGCCGGUGGAUUUGGACCAAGCGCUGGGCAAGGCCAAGAAGGAAAUCAAGAGCAAGCUGCGUCUCACGCUGGUGGAGCGCGAAGCCGGCAUGGAGGACGGGCAUGUGAUGCUGUACCCCGACGGGGUUCAGUUCGACCUGGGCGCGGAUGGCGCGAAGACUCAAGAGCUGGUGAAAUACCUCAAGGGCGAGGUGAGCAAAGGACUCCGCGCCCGCGACAUCGAGGACGCCACGGUCUUCGUGUGCGCUCACCUGCAGCGGGACGCGCGGUGUGGGCAUUGCGGGCCUGAGCUGAGCAAAGCAGCCCAGAGCCUCGUGGCCACCGGCCAGGUGCCCAAACUGAACAUCCGGCGGUGCUCGCACGUUGGUGGCCACAAAUACGCGGGCAAUGUGAUUGUGUACGGCGGGGACUACGGCGGACACUGGUACGGCUACGUGACGCCGCAGAACUUGCGGCGGGUGCUGCAGGGCCUCGAGGUGAAGGGCCGGCUGUGGCGGGGCCAGGUGGGCCUCACGGAGAAGGAGGCGAUGGCGCAACGGCGGAAGCAGGUGCUGAUGGACUAUCUCCCCGCCGCUCUCACCCUGGCGCUCGUGGCCGGCGUCGCCUACACCUGGCUUCGGGACCGAAAGCGGUGA